AUCCUGCCCAUGAUAGGCGAGCACCGAUGGGACGCUACGGUAUCAUCGAAGUACGUGACGCUUGAGGUAGGGGCGUUAGCCAGACCCGAGGGCCUGAAAUCUGGGGGAUUGUUCACAUCUCCAAAUUGCGACCCGGGCGGGUCUGUUUCCGCUGAGGCAUAAAUCCUCCAUGACGUCGACCGGCUAUCCGGAAUCGUAAAUCCCGGGUGUGCCUCUAUCAUAUCUCGUUUAACGCACAUCGAUAUCCUACGAGGUCUCGGGGCCAUGGAUGGAGAGACGGAACAUGUGGAUGUGCUCGUCGUCGGAGCCGGUCCGGUGGGUCUGAUCACGGCAUUCCAGCUUGCCAAGUUUGGAGGUGCCUCUGGCGUGCGCAUCGUCGAGAAACAGGCCAAGUCGAUGCAAGACGCGUACGGCCGUGCCAUUACGCUUUUUCCUCGGACAAGCGAGAUGCUUGACCAAUUGGGCCUCGCCGACGACCUGCUGCAGGAUUGCUUCGCUUGCCGCGACACGGUGGCUUACGAUGCCCGCGGCCAAGAGGUUCACGGCCGAGGAUGGAGUUUCAUGCGUGAGAUGAAGGACACCUUCUUCAAUUUUGCCCUCGUAUUGCGGCAGAAGUUCCAAGAGGAGAUAUUCAGAAACGCGAUGAAAAAUUACGGCGUGCAAGUAGAAGCCCCAGUCGAGUUGACCGCUGCUUCGGUUGACCAAGACGUCGCCGUUGCAGACCAUCGGGUUACGACAGUCCUCCUUAACCACCUCGACGGCACAUACCGGACGGUGAAGUGUAAAUAUCUGAUAGGCUCCGACGGGGGACGUUCGUCUGUCCGACGACUGUUCGAUAUCCCUUUCGACGGCUCUACGAGCGAGGAUAAGUGGGUGAGAGUAGACGGCCAGGUCAAGACCGACAUGCCAAAGCCUCGUACCUACUGCUCCGUCGAGUCACCGACGCACGGGAACGUGCUUUGGGUCGCUCUCGAUCACGGCGCGACACGAAUAGGGUAUGCAUUUACCGGCGAUCGAGCCAAAGCAUACUCCCGGUUCGACGAGGCCGCUGCUGUAAAAGAGGCCAUUGCGGCCAUGCGGCCUUUUCACAUCGAGUUCGAGCGUGUCGACUGGUGGACUAUAUAUACCGUAGGGCAGCGUAUAGCCAGAAGCUUUUUUGCUCACAGUUGCGUCUUCCUUGCUGGAGAUGCCUGCCAUACCCACUCGUCGGGCGCCGCGCAAGGGAUGAAUACCGGCAUUCAUGAUGCCGUGAAUAUCGCUUGGAAGCUAAGUCUGGUGCUGAGGGGGCUGGCAAGGCCCGAAAUCCUCGAAACAUACCAAGCGGAGCGGCUUCCGAAUGUGCAACGGCUCGUCCAGUAUGAUAAAGAUAUAAGUCGGCUUAUGACGAAUCGUCUCCCCGAGGAUUGGCAGGGCGACCCCGGGGCCGACGUCAACGCGAUCCUAGGAGAUCUUAUGGCGGAGGCUGGGGCGUUUAGCAGCGGAUUGGGAAUUUCCUACGAGGUUCGGAAGACCAACCCUCUCAACGUCGACGGGUCGUUCCGCAUCCCACAGCAGCUAGUCCGACCAGGAGUAAGAGCGCCGGAUGUCACGCUCCUGCGGCCGGGGACAUUUGAACCCACGAGGUUGAUGCGCGAGCUACCAAAUACUGCCUGUUUUACAGUACUCGUUUUCGUAGCCGACGGCACGCCUGCAGUCCCGGAGGUAGUAUACCGAGGCGUGAGGAAAUCGUGGUCAUUCCAGACCCUUGUUUCCAAAGGGUGUCUGAGAUUUGUGACGAUUCUUCCCGCCCCUGCCUCAUCGCCGUACGAGGUGCUUGGAUGUGAACCCAUCGGCCGUGCGUACUUUGAUCAAGAAGGUAGAGCAGCAUAUAUGCGGUACGGAAUUGAGCCUACGGCGGGCGCUCUCGUACUCGUGAGGCCGGACGGCUGGGUUGGUACCAUGGUCUCGCUGGGGCCUGAGACGGUCUCAGAGCUUGAGCUGUAUUUGCGCAACGUAUUUCUGCUCGUGUAGACGUUUCAGAUGUUGUACCUUUUGGCCAGCUUCAUGCAGAGGCCCAAAGCCCAACAAGACUCACGAUGAUUCAUGAUAAGCGGUAACGGAGGUU